AUGGCAGAAUUUUAUUGUAAAACACAUGGUAAACCAAAACCUAGAAUAUCUUGGAGAAAAUCCGAUGAUGAAAAAAUAAUACAUGAAGGUUCAAAUUUUACAAUUAAAAAUGUAAAAAAGUGGCAAACAGUACGUGCAAAUGAUACAGUAUUUGUUAAUCAUGAAUCAAUUGCAACAUUAUCAUGUGAAUUUCAUGGAUAUCCAAAACCUGGUGAUAUUAUAUGGACAUUUAAUGGUGAAAAUAUUAUCACUAAUAGACCAAGUAAAAGGUUUAAUGUUAUUCAAAUUGAUAAAAAUUAUGGUGUUGAUAGUAAAUUAAUUAUUUAUAAUCUUGAAAGUAAAGAUUCAGGCAAUUAUAAUUGUACUGCUUUAACAAUAUAUACAACUGUAACAACAACUAUAUCAUUACAUUCAUAUACUUUUAUAAAUAAAAAAUAUGUUGGUAAUAUACAAGUUGAGUGUGCUGGUGUUAAUAGUAUUAAUUUUGUCUCUGUAGAAUUAUUACGUAAAGAAAGAACAAAUUCAUUUGGUGUAUUAACAUAUAAAAAAAGCAUAUGA